AUGUUGAAUAAUAAUGAUUUUAAUAAGGGUAUACAUCAAAUAGAUACCUUUCAAAAUAAUAAUAAUAAUAAUAAUAGCAAUAAUAAUAAUUUUUUUAAUAUGUUAAGUAAUUUAGAUGAUAAUAAUAAUUCUCAUUCAUAUACUUCUAAUUUUUUUAGUAAAAAUGUUAUAACAAAUGAUAAUAAUAUUAACAUGUUUGAUAACUUAAAUAAUAAUUUACCUUUUAAUAACUUUCAAAAUAAAAGUUGCGUUAAUUUUUUUAGUAAAGUAGAAACGCCUAAUAACAAUUCAGAAGUUCUAUUUACUGAAGUAAAAAAAAACAUCUCUAUUUUUGGUAAUAAGCUUAAAAAUUCUCCAUUAUUUGCUAAUACCUCAGGAAUAGAAAAUAAAAAUGGAAAUAAUAAUUUCAGAUUUGAUGAUUAUGUUAGUAAAGAUAAAUCAAUAUUUGGGAAUCGAUUAAAAGAAAGAAAGCCACUUUUUACAAAUAUUAAAAAUGAAAAUUCGUUAUCAUUAAAUGAUGAAAACUUAAAUUAUGCUACAAAUGAAAAUAUAACUCAAUUAGGUAAUCAAAAUAAUAAUUUUAUGAAUUAUAAUUAUGAUCAAAAAAAAUUUUCAUAUAUAUUUAAUUCAUGCGACAAUAAUGAUUUCACAAAACAUAUAAAUAAUGAAAUAAAUGAAAAAAAUAAUUUAUUUCGUAAUGUGUGCAAUCCUGUUUCUUUAAAUAUUGAAAAUAAUUCAAACAUAAAAAGCAUAAAUCCAUUUGCUAAUAAUACAAUUAUAAAUGAAUCUCCCAAUUUAUCAAUAUGUACUGAUAUAAAUUCUAAUAAUUAUAAUAGCAUACAGAAUAAUAUUCAAUAUCCUUAUUUAUAUCAUAAUACCAAUAAUAAGAAUAUAUUAAGCCCUAAUUGCACACCUUUUAAUGAACAAAAUAUUAUAAAUACACAAACCAAUUUAUUUAAUGAAAAAAAUAAUUUUUCAUAUAAUGAAAUAAAUAAUUUAUCAAAUUAUUCUAAUAUGUUACCUUCAAAUAUUGCCAAUUACGCAGUAAACAAUUCAAAUACUAAUAUUCCUAAUCAAAAUAAUAUCAAUAUCACAGAAAAUUUUUUAAAAGAACAAAACAGUAAUACAAAUAUAAUUGCUUCUAAUAAUUUUAUGAGUAAUGCUGAUAUAAAUUUAAAUAAAAAUGAAUUAUUUUACAAUCAAAAUAAAAUUACUCAAAAAGGAAAUUUCGACUUGAGAUAUAAUGAUCAAAUAAUUUCAAAUAAUAACAUAAACAGUUCUAUUGAAUAUAAUACAAAUCCUAAUUUUAUAUUAGGAGAAAGUGGCGUGAAUUCAUUGAAGGAAUUAGAAAGAACAAAUCAAGAUGGUAAGUUAAAUGAAACUUCUUUUACAAGUGAAAAUGAAAUAUUGUUUGAAAGAAAGUAUAUAGAGAAUACUGAAAAAAGGGUACUUUUUUUUAAUAAUAACUUUAUAAAAUCAUUAGAAUUAAUAAAUACUCAUAAUCUAAAUAGCUACAAUGAAAAUAGAUCAACCAUAUAUACUUUUCCAUACUACGAAUCUUUUAACAAUGGUAUAUUUUAUAUAAAAGCAAUUGAAGAAUGUAAAAAGGCAGAAAGAUUUGAUAUUGAUGAUGACUUAUAUAAUAAAAUAUUUUCAAAAAAUGAUGGAAAUGAGAUGAAAGUUUUAAAAAAUAUUAAUAUUAAUGAAAAAAUAGACAAUGAAAACAUGAAAUUGAGUAUUUAUUACCCUUUGUUGCACGUAGAAAAAAUAAAAUUUAGGCAACCACUAAGUUUAGACAAUUCAAAUAAACCAAUAAAUAAUAAUUUUGAAUUAGGAAAAAUACCUACAGUUAUAUAG